AUGAGGCCAAAAAGAGACAAGAUACACAUGCUCACCUCACGCUGCUGGAACGUCUUGGCCCAGCACCCCAUCGCUCUGGUCUACAACAACCUACACCCGCAGUGGGAGAGGAGCGUCGCCUUCUUCCUCCGCCAGCGCGGUCUCAAGUCCCUCAACCUCACCUUCACGCAUGUCAUGCAGCUCGACACCAUUGUUUCCCAGGACGAGUGGGCCUUCGCCUCCCUCACCUCGCUCACCCUCAAGUUGCGCGGCUGUGUGGACUACUCCCAGUUCUUUGACAGGGAGCUGGGCAAUGGGGAUGCUGUGGAGCAGGGCGAUAGGGAUUACACAGUUCAGGAGCACUGGUCGCACUACUAUGGCUGCCCACGUCUGCAGCGGCUGAAGCUGGGCCGCGGCAAGUGGGUUCUCUCGGACGGGUGGGCGGGGAAGCUCAAGGUGCUGCGCAGUCUGACUCUCAAGCACGUGGACUGGAGUCACGUGGAUGUCAAGUAUCUCGCCACGCUCACGCCGCAGCUCUUGGAAUUCACGCUUUAUGAGGGCUGGAAUCUGGAUGAGCCAUUCUUGGGCCCUAGGGGUGACGGCAGCAACCGAUUCUGUUUCGAACUCUCAUCGGCUUGCGUCCUCCGAUUCUACUUCGCACAGAGCAGCCUCAUGCUCUUCCUCACCCUCUCCCGCUCGCUCAAGGCCGUCUCAGCCAUGGCCAAACGGCUCGUCCUCUCCUGCAAGGCCACCGUUCCGCUCUAUCUCGACCACCUCUCGCUGUACGGCCAGGAGCGUCUCGUCAUCUCCUCCCUCCGCCUUGCAUCGGCCCGAGUGGCCUACCUCAACGGCCCUCCCAGCGACAGGCACUCCCGCGAUGAUGCCCAAUACUUCUCUCAAAAAACAGAUUCUUCCUCUUGGGCCACCCCUGCGCCACCCCCUGACUGGCAAAGCUCGCACCGCAGCAGCUUCUCUGAAUUCUCCUGGGUCGAGUGGCUGGGUGCUAUAGCGCCGACAGUGGAGGUGCUUAUAGUGAGGCACGGGGUGCCUGUAGAGAAGGUUGGCGCGGAGUGGGGCUGCCUUCGCAGCCUUGGGAUUGUCGAGGAGAGGGAGGAGCGGUUUGGGAGAGAUCUGUAUUUUGAGAGGCGGCGGGAUGAUGGUGAGGAGGAGGUUACAGUGGAGGAGUUUCAGGAGCGCACCCAGAGGCAGAGGCUAUUGCAGCAGCAGCAGCAACGUCCAUAG